ACACGCUCUCUCGCUACUGUACACCGAUGGAGCCGCUGAGCUGUGUCAGUCCGCCGGAGAUCCAGUGAAGACGCCACGCCGCGGCUCUCAGCCGGGAGAUGAAGCGCGGAGCUCGACCUCUUCCCCCGCAGCUGGACUUCCAACCGACGGAAUGUUAGCUCUGUACUGAUCCUGCCUUUCCGCGGGGAUCCGAUCCACGAGCGAGCGAAUGAACCGACUGACUGAGUCCUGGAACAAGUGGUUUUUCUGGAGCUUCUCACGGACCUGGACUAUUCGGUGCCCCCGCGGAUGAGCCGGUGGCUCCGCUCCGGGGAGCAGCGGGACCGCAGGGACGCGGCGAGGAUCAUGUGAUGACUCCUGCGCAGCUGUGACUCUUCUGAAAAGUUUUCCUUCGCAUCCUCCAAAGUGUGAAAAUGGGAGUCAGACGAGGGACCAACAAGACUUUGGCUCCUGCUGCGAAAUAUUUGGUGUUAUGUUGGCUGUUGGUGAUCACGCCGUCCUGCAGGGGGCAGACUGGAUUCACCACAUUUCACUCUGAACGUCGGGAUUGGGUCUUCAACCACAUGACGGUCCAUCAAGCGACAGGCGCGUUGUAUAUCGGUGCCGUCAACAGAGUCUACAAGCUCUCCGGGAACCUGACCCUCCUGGUGUCUCAUGACACUGGUCCGGAGGAUGACAACAAGGCCUGCUACCCGCCUCUGAUAGUCCAGCCAUGUUCCGAACCCCUCGUCUCCACAAACAAUGUCAACAAGCUGUUGCUCAUAGAUUAUUCUCAAAACCGACUGCUGGCCUGCGGGAGUCUCUACCAGGGUGUCUGCAAACUACUGCGCCUAGACGACCUCUUCAUCCUGGUGGAGCCAUCCCACAAGAAGGAGCACUAUCUGUCCAGCGUGAACCAGACUGGGACCAUGUAUGGGGUCAUCGUGUCCUCUCCAGGCCAGGAUGGAACACUUUACAUUGGCACGGCAGUGGACGGAAAACAGGACUACUUUCCCACUAUCUCAAGCCGAAAGCUGCCACGCGACCCAGAAUCAUCCGCCAUGCUGGACUACGAACUCCACACUGACUUUGUGUCGUCACUCAUCAAGAUUCCGUCGGACACUCUGGCGCUGGUGUCGCACUUCGACAUCUACUACGUCUACGGCUUCUCCAGCGGGAACUUUGUCUACUUCCUGACUGUUCAGCCGGAGACGCCAGAAAACAGCAUGUCGUCCAGCGGUUCUGCCGGCGACCUCUUUUACACGUCCCGCAUCGUCCGCCUCUGUAAGGACGACCGCAAGUUCCACUCGUACGUGUCCCUGCCCAUCGGCUGCGUGAAGAAUGGAGUGGAGUACCGGCUGCUGCAGGCCGCCCACCUGGGGAAGCCUGGACGCGUCCUGGCCGCCUCGCUUCACAUCAGCACGCAGGACGACGUGCUCUUCGCCGUCUUCUCCAAAGGCCAGAAGCAAUUUCACCGGCCGCCGGAUGACUCAGCACUAUGUGUUUUCACCAUCCGGGACAUCAACACGAGGAUCAAGGAGCGCUUGCAGUCCUGCUACCAGGGGGAGGGACACCUGGAGCUCAACUGGCUGCUGGGGAAAGACGUGCAGUGCACCAAAGCGCCGGUUCCGAUCGAUGACUCCUUCUGCGGUCUGGAUAUCAACCAGCCACUGGGCGGGUCGCAGCUGGUGGCUGGACUGACCCUGUUCACGGAGAGCCGCGACCGCAUGACCUCCGUCACCUCCUACGUCUACAACGGCUACUGUGUGGCCUUCGUGGGCACCAAGAGCGGCCGUCUGAAGAAGAUUCGGGUGGACGGACCUCCUCACGGUGGUGCCCAGUACGAGACCGUCACCGUCAUCAAGGAUGGAGGUUUCAUCCUGCGCGAUAUGGCCUUCUCCCUGGACCGCCGCUUCCUCUACGUCAUGUCAGAGAGACAGGUCACUCAAGUUCCCAUCGAGUCCUGUGACCAGUAUGAGACGUGCAGCGAGUGUCUGAGCUCCGGAGACCCUCACUGUGGCUGGUGUGUCCUGCACAACAUCUGCUCCCAGAGGAACCGUUGCGAGCGCGCAGACGAGCCCUACCGCUUCGCUGCCACCCUGGACCAGUGCGUGAAGGCCGCGGUGACGCCCGACAGCAUCGCCGUGUCCGAGCCCGGCGUCCCGCUGCUGGUGAAGGUGAGCGAUGUUCCGGAUCUCUCUGCCGGAAUCACGUGCUCCUUUGGGAAUCUGACCGAGGUCGACGGGAAGGUGAAUGGGAACGAGAUUCUGUGCGUGUCUCCGGCUGCCAAGGACGUCCCGCUCAUCCCCACAGACCAAGACUGGUCCGGCGUGGAGCUCAGACUGAACUCCAAGGAGACGGGCCAGAUGUUGAUCAGCACUGAAGUCAAGUUCUACAACUGCAGUGUCCACCAACUGUGCUUGUCAUGUGUGAACAGCGCAUUUCGCUGCCACUGGUGCAAAUAUCGCAACUUGUGCACCCAUGACCCGUCCAGCUGCUCCUUCCAGGAGGGUCGAGUCAACGCCUCCGAGGACUGUCCUCAGCUAGUGCGCUCUGGUGAGAUCCUGAUCCCGGCGGGUGAGGUGAAGCCCAUCACCUUGAAGGCCCGGAACCUGCCGCAGCCUCAGUCUGGCCAGCGCGGCUAUGAGUGUGUCCUGCAGAUCCAGGGUGUGAGCCACCGGGUCACAGCGCUGCGCUUCAACAGCUCCAGCGUUCAGUGUCAGAAUAGCUCGUAUCUGUACGACAUGAAAAUCAGCGAGCUGCCGGUCGACUUCUCUGUCGUCUGGAAUGGAAACUUCAUCAUUGAUAAUCCAGAGAACAUCCAGGUGCAUCUGUACAAGUGUGCGGCGCAGCGCGACAGCUGCGGUGUGUGUCUGAAGGCCGACCGGAAGUUCCAGUGCGGCUGGUGCAGCGGCGAGGGACGCUGCACGCUGCGGCACCACUGCCCGCUCAUCAACCCGUACACCAGCCGCUGGCUCAACCUGUCCAGCAAGAACGUGCGCUGCACCAACCCCCGCAUCACCGAGGUGACCCCUGUGGCCGGACCCCCUGAGGGUGGCACCAGAGUGACCAUCCACGGUAUCAACCUGGGACUGGCCUUUUCCGACAUGGUGGGAAACGUGGAGGUGGCCGGGGUUAGGUGCAACCCUGUGGAGGAGGGAUACAUCAUUGCUGAGCAGAUCGUGUGUGAAAUGGACUCGACUGCAGUGGACAGCCGACCCGGCCCGGUCCAGCUGUGUGUGGGAGAGUGUCGGCCGGAACUUCGAGCACGAUCCUCGCAGCUGUACUCCUUCGUGACGCCCACCCUCACUGGCUUGAACCCCAACAGGGGACCAGAGUCUGGGGGAACCAAAGUCACCAUUGUGGGCGAGAACCUUGGCGCCGGCAGCUCUGUCAGCGUUCAGUUUGGAAACCAGACGUGUGAAUUCUUCGGUCGGACCAUGACAGAGAUCGUGUGCGGUUCGGCUCCGUCGCUGUCUGGAGUCGGUCCGAUCCAGAUCAGUGUCAGCGUGGACCAUGCCCGGAUCCGAGAGAGUCUGACGUUUGAGUACAUCGAUGACCCCACAGUGCUGCGCAUUGACCCGGACUGGACCAUUGCCAGUGGCCACACUCCUCUGAUGGUUACUGGGACCAACCUGGACGUGGUGCAGGAGCCCAUGAUGAGGGUCAAGUACGCCGGCAAAGAGUCCCUCAAUCUUUGCAGAGUCUUAAAUGCAACCACAAUGGUCUGUCUGGCGCCAUCCUUGCUGGAAGAGAACCAACCGGGUCUGGACUCUGUCAAACAUGCCGACGAAUUCGGUUUCAUCUUCAACAAUGUCCAGGCUCUUCUGAUCUACAACAACACCAACCUGGUCUACUAUCCGAACCCCUACUUUGAGCCUUUGAGCAACACUGGUGUCCUGGAGCAGAAACCGGGUUCUCCCAUCAUCUUGAAGGGUAGAAACCUUGUUCCUCCGACUGCAGGGGGCGCUAAGCUCAACUACACCGUCCUGAUUGGUGAGACACCGUGCUCCGUGACUGUGUCAGAAAGCCAGCUGCUGUGUGAGCCUCCCAACCUGACCGGACAGUACAAAGUCAUGGUCCAAGUUGGUGGUCUCCAUGUCUCCCCCGGUUCAGUUCACAUCCUGUCCGACAGCCUGCUUACGCUGCCGGCCAUUGUGAGCAUCGCAGCAGGCGGUGGUCUCCUGCUCAUCAUUGUCAUCCUCGUCCUCAUCGCCUACAAGAGGAAGUCCCGGGAGAACGACCUGACACUGAAGCGUCUGCAGAUGCAGAUGGACAACCUGGAGUCCCGAGUGGCGCUGGAGUGUAAAGAAGCCUUUGCUGAGUUGCAGACGGAUAUCAAUGAGCUGACCAGUGACCUGGACCGAGCUGGGAUCCCACACCUGGACUACCGGACUUAUGCCAUGAGGGUUCUCUUCCCGGGGAUUGAGGAUCAUCCUGUCUUGAGAGAGCUGGAGGUUUCAGGUAAUGGGCAGCUGAACGUGGAGAAAGCCCUCAAGCUGUUCGGCCAGCUCAUCAACAACAAAGUCUUCUUACUUACCUUCAUCCGGACCCUGGAGAUGCAGCGCUCCUUCUCCAUGAGGGACCGAGGCAAUGUGGCCUCGCUGAUCAUGACCGCCCUGCAGGGACGGCUGGAGUACGCCACCGACGUCCUCAAGCACCUUCUGUCAGACCUCAUCGACCGUAACCUGGAGAGCAAGAACCACCCCAAGCUGCUGCUGAGAAGAACUGAGUCAGUGGCAGAGAAGAUGUUGACCAACUGGUUCGCUUUCCUGCUCCACAGAUUCCUGAAGGAGUGUGCGGGCGAGCCUCUCUUCAUGCUCUAUUGCGCCAUCAAGCAGCAGAUGGAGAAGGGGCCUAUAGACGCCAUCACCGGCGAGGCCCGCUACUCCCUGAGCGAGGACAAGCUGAUCCGCCAGCAGAUUGAGUACAAAACCCUGAUCCUGAACUGUGUGAACCCGGACAACGAGAACAGUCCGGAGAUUCCGGUGAAGGUUCUCAACUGCGACACCAUCACUCAGGUGAAGGAGAAGAUCCUGGAUGCCGUCUACAAGAACAUGCCGUACUCUCAAAGGCCACGGGCCGUGGACAUGGACCUCGAGUGGCGCCAGGGCCGGAUGGCGCGCGUGGUCCUCCAAGAUGAAGACAUCACCACCAAGAUCGAGAACGACUGGAAGAGACUCAACACUCUGAUUCACUACCAGGUGUCGGACCGCUGUGUGGUGGCGCUGGUGCCCAAGCAAACAUCCUCGUACAACAUCCCGCCCUCGUCCAGUAUAUCGCGGUCCUCCAUCAGCAGAUACGACUCCUCCUUCCGCUACACAGGGAGUCCUGACAGCAUGCGCUCCCGGGCACCCAUGAUCACGCCAGACCUGGAGAGUGGGGUCAAGGUUUGGCACCUGGUCAAGAACCACGACCACGGAGACCAGAAGGAGGGAGACAGAGGGAGCAAGAUGGUGUCAGAGAUCUACCUCACUAGACUUCUGGCCACCAAGGGAACACUACAGAAGUUCGUGGAUGACUUGUUUGAGACGCUGUUCAGCACAGUCCACCGCGGAAGCACGCUGCCACUAGCCAUUAAGUACAUGUUUGACUUCCUGGACGAGCAGGCGGACAAGCACGGGAUCCACGACACGGACGUCCGACACACGUGGAAGAGCAACUGCCUUCCGCUGCGCUUCUGGGUCAACGUGAUAAAGAACCCACAGUUCGUCUUUGACAUCCACAAGUCCAGCAUCACAGACGCCUGCCUGUCCGUCGUGGCCCAGACCUUCAUGGAUUCUUGCUCCACAUCGGAACACCGGCUGGGCAAAGACUCUCCGUCCAACAAGCUGCUCUACGCAAAAGAUAUUCCCAACUACAAGAGCUGGGUGGAACGAUACUACGCCGACAUCAACCGUCUCCCGGCCAUCAGCGACCAGGACAUGAAUGCCUACCUGGCGGAGCAGGCACGACUGCACUCCUGCGAUUUCAACAUGCUGAGCGCCCUCAACGAGAUUUACUCGUACGUGAGCAAGUACAGCGAGGAGAUCACUGCAGCUCUGGAGCAUGACGACCAGGCACGGAAGCAGCGCCUGUCCUACAAGGUGGAUCAGCUGAUCGCAGCCAUGUCCUUAGACAGCUGAGGCUGCAUGCCUGCCCGACACCUGGGUCUGUACAGGGUCUUGUCGCUCUGAUAGCUCCAGCACCUCUGGUCGUGCAACUGGGCCGCAACAAUCAUCUCCGUCCAUCCUGAGGUCGGCUGGACACAGAGACUCCUCAGACCCACACUGGACGGGGGGCUCUGGACCACUACUGAACUGAACCAUGAAGGAUGUUUCCUCCUGAUCAGACAGGGAACGCUUACGUGUGCAUGCCUGCGCUCUCAAGAGGGCGCUACAGAGUAGAUAUUAUUUUUUUACGUUUGUAUCUUAUGGCUGAUGUUCUUCCUGGGACAAUCCAAGCUGUCCCAAUCCAGGAAGUGGUGAAGUUGAAGGUGAGGAGUUGUGUGGUGGCACUGAUGUGGUCUGGCACACGUUUUGGUUUCUGUGAAUGUAGUUUUUUUUAAUUGUUCGGUUGAUCUGAACUUGCGUGUAGCCUCGCUGCCUAGCGGCGGCAGCGGUGACACGUCGUAUUAAGUUACACUGUUUUUGGUGCUCCAACCUUAAGCUGACGUCAGCUAAAACCAAAAUCUGACAUCUCAACAUUAAGUGGACGUUUUUGAAUUUGAUCAGCAACGUUAGCCACCUAGCUAACAGCCUCGCGGUACGUGAUGGCGGCUUCACUAAUGUGCCCCGUGUAGUUUAACAGCACAGUCUGGCGGUUUACGAACCUGUGCCAACGUUCCCGCUGUAAUGGUCACGGUGCCAAAAUAUCAUUACACUGGUGCUGUAAUGCUGCACCCAGCCGCUAGGGGGAAACCACUCUUCUUGAAAGGCAGGGCUGGGCUUUGACGUCGCGCAUGAUCCGUCCUCUGAGGGCGUCAGUACAUCAACGGUACAGAAGGUUUUGAGGGAAAUUGUAUGUGUUGUUGUUGGUUGUUGUCGACCCUUUUUUUACUGGAUCUUUCUUGGUUUACUUGAAUUCCAUGAGUUCCCGGUUCAGGCGCUGUUGGAGGGUGGGAGGAGCAUCUUCCCUGUGUGGCCUUACAAACCCGCCUCAGUGCUCUGUUUAUAGAGUCCCAACACAGAGUGACCCCAGCUUAUACAGAUAUGAGGCACUUGAAAGAGCUUGAGAUCUCAGAGACCAGCUUGAGGUGAAACUUCAUUCCCAGUGAUGGACUCCUAGAGACAGAAGCCGUGGUGUAGAAGCCCCUUAAAGGUGCUCUCCAGAGCCCCAGUGUAAGUCUCCAGACUCUCUGACACCUCUUGAAGACUCCAGAGAGAAACCCAGAAACCUACUAAUCAUUUUAAACUUUCAGAAACGGUCAGCAGUGUGAAAUCUGUUGAGACCCUUGCAGACAUUCAUCAGUCAAACCAGUCAGCAAGACUGGAGCCAGAUUUGUUUCCAAAGUUCAGAAAACCGUGAAGAUCCCUCUGAGGGCCCCCCCCCAGACCUUUGAGGUCCCCACUGUAGUGUUUCUCCUCAGUCCACAGAUUCUCUGCCUCCCCCGCGACCCCUGAUCCGGAGCACUUUGACGCACCUCUUCCCUGGACGACGUCGUCUUCCUGUCUGAGAAUCGCCAACCCUCGUUACCAUGGCGAUGCUUCUACCCUCAGACCUCGAUGCCUUUUUCCUUUUCUGAAGGAUCAAAGUUGGAGUUUUAUCUUUUGACACUUCUGCUCACGGACGAACCGAGACCUCGCGUGUGUGUAUUUAUAUCAGUUUGUGUGUGUUUUUGGUGUGCGUGUGGUAAUUUAUGGUCGAUCAUCGGCGGUUCAUAUCGCGUGACAAUUUUGUCUUAAGUUUUGCUAACUGCACUUUUUUUGUUUGCAUCUCAACAAGGAAGGAAGGAACAAACACUUUUUUUAGGUAUCAAUGUGUGAACUGCUCACUAAGCAAACAUUUAAAUGAUUCCCAUAAGUCAGAUGCAGCGAUUUCUGCAUCACAAACUUCCAUUUUUUUAACGUCAUAUUUUUGUCCUUGUUCACGUGUGUUCCAUGAUUUACAUUUUUCACUUUAUAGAUUAAAGGUUCUUUAUUGCCAAAGUACAUUUUUGUUUUUCUUAAAUGUAUGAAUGGAUUCAAGUUUCAGCUGCAGUUCUGUCUUUCUGUCACCAUCUCACCAUGUUCUGUCCCUCCUUCUGAGCCUUGCCCUCUUGUUUACUCAGCACUUUUGUCUCAUGUGUUUCUGACAUGCUGCUCCGACCUCCUUCCUCGUUUGUUUUUUGCUUUCACCAAAUAUGAAGUGAACUUCCGCAGCACAGGCCCGUGGACACUGGACGUGUAAGAUAGUGACAAUGACGACGCUGUUCUUCUUCUUUUGAUAAAGGUCUUGUGAAACUGUUGAAAUAUUUAGAAGGUGUUUUUUUUUUAUUUGGUUUAUGACAAAUAUUAUUGUGUAAGUAUGUAAAUAUGAAGCACACUAUUUUGCAAGCCAAGGAUUCACUUUGUACUGUUGUUAUAUAUGAAUAAACU